GAGGAGGCGGCAUAGCCGCGCGGAGGAGGCAGGAGCCGGAGCGCAAGCAGUAGCUGGGUGGGCACCAUGGCUGGGAUCACCACCAUCGAGGUGGUGAAGUGCAAGAUCCAGGUUCUGCAGCAGCAGGCAGAUGAUGCAGAGGAGCGAGCUGAGCGCCUCCAGAGAGAAGUUGAGGGAGAAAGGCGGGCCCGGGAACAGGCUGAGGCUGAGGUGGCCUCCUUGAACCGUAGGAUCCAGCUGGUUGAAGAGGAGCUGGACCGUGCUCAGGAGCGCCUGGCCACUGCCCUGCAAAAGCUGGAAGAAGCUGAAAAAGCUGCUGAUGAGAGUGAGAGAGGUAUGAAGGUUAUUGAAAACCGGGCCUUAAAAGAUGAAGAGAAGAUGGAACUCCAGGAAAUCCAACUCAAAGAAGCUAAGCACAUUGCAGAAGAGGCAGAUAGGAAGUAUGAAGAGGUGGCUCGAAAGUUGGUGAUCAUUGAAGGAGACUUGGAACGCACAGAGGAACGAGCUGAGCUGGCAGAGUCCCGUUGCCCAGAGAUGGAUGAGCCGAUCAGACUGAUGGACCAGAACCUGAAGUGUCUGAGUGCUGCUGAAGAAAAGUACUCUCAAAAAGAAGACAAAUAUGAGGAAGAGAUCAAGAUUCUUACUGACAAACUCAAGGAGGCAGAGACCCGUGCUGAGUUUGCUGAGAGAUCGGUAGCCAAGCUGGAAAAGACAAUUGAUGAAUUGGAAGAUAAACUGAAAUGCACCAAAGAGGAGCACCUCUGUACACAAAGGAUGCUGGACCAGACUCUGCUUGACCUGAAUGAGAUGUAGAACGCCCCAGUCCCACCCUGCUGCUGCUUCUCCCUCUGACCCUGACUCCGCCUGAGGCCAGCCUGCCCGAAGCUGACCUUUAACUGAGGGCUGAUCUUUAACUGGAAGGCUGCUUUCUCCUUUCGCUGCCCCCUCCUCCCCUGUGUCUUAUUCGCCAAACUGUCUCUGCCUCUUCCCUGGAGAUUCCAGCUGGGCUAGAGGCUGAGCACCUUUGGAAACAACAUUUAAGGGAAUGUGAGCACAAUGCAUAAUGUCUGUAAAAGCAUGCCGUGAUAUACACAUUUUGUAAUUACCUUUUUUGUUGUUUUGUAGCAACCAUUUGUAAAACAUUCCAAAUAAUUCCACAGCCCUGAAGCAGCAAGCUAAUCCCUUUCUCACUUUUGGAAGGUGACUUUUCAGCUUGAUGCAUAUUGCCCUCUCCAUAGAGGAGAGAAAAAGGCCCUGCCUUAUUGAGAGCCAAACAGAGCCCAGGGAAGGACUCCACUAUGGGAAACCUCAUUGCUCUGUACAAAGUACCAGCUAAACCAGAAAAGUGAUUCCAGGAGGAGUUAGCCAAACAACAACAACAAAAAUGUGCUGUUCAAGUUUUCAGCUAUAAGAUCUCUUUGGACAACAUUAUUUCUAUUUUUUAUUUUUUCAUUACAAGUGACCAAAUUAAGAUGGUAAGAUCUCUGAGACCAAAUUUUUGUCCCAUCUCUACUCCCUCCCAACUGCUUACAGAAUGGAUCAUGUGCCCCUUAUGUUGAGAUGACCACUUAAUUGCUUUCCUGCCUCCUUGAGAGAAAGAAGAUUGUUUUUGCCACUGAUUUAGCCAUAUGAAACUCAUCUCAUUACCCUUCUCUGGGUUUGAAGCUGCUGUCUCUCCAAGUGCCAUCUCAUUGUGCUUUGUAUCAGUCAGUGCUGGAGAAAUCUUGAAUAGCUUAUGUACAAAACUUUUAAAAUUUUAUAUUAUUUUGAAACUUUGCUUCUUUAGAUUUGCGGCACCCUGGCCACCCCAUCUGGCUGUGACAGCCUCUGCAGUCCGUGGGCUGGCAGUUUGCUGAUCUUUUAAAGUUUCCCUACCCGGUCCCCAUUUUCUGGUAAGGUUUCUAGGAGGUCUGUUAGGUGUACAUCCUGGAGCUUAUUGGCUUAAAAUGUACUCUCCUUUUAUGUGGUCUCUUUGGGCCAAUUGGGAGAAAGAGAAAUCAAUAGUGUAACUGUUUUGAUACUGAAUAUUGACAAGUGUCUUUUUGAAAUAAAGAACCAGUCCCUCCAAAA